UGAGAGAGAGAGAGAGAGAGAGAGAGAGAGAGAACAUCAGUAAGUUUUGUCUUUAGAUUUCAUUGUUUAUGAAUCUCAAGGAGCUUGAACUGUCUAAUCUCUCUCAUCUGUUACAUUGAAGCAAUUUCAGAAGAGGACAGAUUUGAAGCCAAAACAGAUUAGGGUUUUGUCUGUUCUUGUAGACUGAGGCAGUGAGGGAAAGAGAGGAACAACUAGCCUUGCUAUACUUUAGUAGAGCCAGCAAUGGUGCUACAAGAAACCAUUCAUAACAGCAAAAACUUCUUUCACAAAACUCUUGGAAACCUCAAGUCCUUCUUCUUUGGUGGAUACAAGAAAUUGCCCAAAACCCUUUCCUUCAAUCCCUUCUAUUGUGGGAGAGACCCGAAAUAUCACCAAACAGAUCAGUUCUACACUGAUUUUUAUGAUGACUGGGAGUCUACUCUAAAUAAGGCAAACAAGAGAGAUAGUGCUUCAAAAGAACCAACAAAGGAAGAUGAUGCAUGUAAUGGGAGCUUUCUGGAUUUUUCAAAGCAGAGUCCUAAGAAGAGCAAACAAGAAGGGGGAUUAAAGCAAAAGAAGCAGAUGGGAAGUUCUCAUCAUCUGGGAAAAAAAGAAGUUCAGUCAUCUUUGCUGAGCAUGAAUGGAGGAAGCUUAGCCAAAAGGAUGAAGGAAUUCGAAAUGGUGGAUACCAGUGAUGUAGAACAAGUGCUGGAUGUAGAAGAGGCACUUCAUUACUACUCUCGCCUCAAAAGUCCGGUAUACGUUGACAUUGUUGAUAAGUUCUUCUUGGAUAUGUACUCGGACUUCUCUGUUCCACCGGCGUCUAUCAACAUCAACAAUUCAAAGAGGAGACUUGGAUCACAGAGACUUGGCUCAAUUAGGUUGUAGAUGAAUGUGUUGGUGAUUUAUUCCUUGUGCAUAUAGAUCUGUUGUUCUUUCCCCA